GAGAAAUCCGGCCCCCUCUCACCGCCACAAGCCGGGUGCCACAUGCCCUGAGUGCGGGCUGCCAGAGCAUCUGUGACCACCUUCGGCUGCCGUUUCCAGGAUCAGUCGCAGUGCCAUGUCUCAGUCAUGAGGGAGGUGUCAAAACCACACUAAAGCUGAACCGUUCCAGGAAACAGCUGUAUAACCAAGACCAAGACACGGCCAUUCGGAGGAAAGACCUGGGACCCUGUGUCCAGCAGAAAAAGAGCUCCCGAAAUCGCCUCCCUCCGCUGAGGAGAAGGCGUGCUGAGCCGAGCCCACGAGAGGAAGGGGCGCCUCCCCUGAGCGGCGAGGCCGGUGCGUCGCUGUCCCAUGGCCUCCGAGCUGGCGAGGCUGCUCCUCGCGUGCCUCUUCGGCACCAUCUCGCUCCGGUCGCCAUCUGGCUACGCUGGAGGAGCUCCCAAGCCCCUGCUGGUCCUGAUUUGGGACUGGCCCUUCAGGCAGGCCUUGAACCUCAGCGGCGACGUCUGUGCCACCCUCUACGGCAUAGAGGGCUGCUGGCUGACGGGGGACCGCAGCCGCUACGCCCAGGCUGACGUGGUGGCCUUCCACGCCAGGGAGCUCCAGCAGAGCAGGUCCGGGCUGCCAAAGUCCAAGCCCCACCCGGGGCAGAAGUGGGUCUGGGUCUCCCUGGAGUCCCCCAGCCACACCCACACGCUGUCAGGCUGGGGAGGGACGGAGUGGAACUGGGUCAUGACGUACCGGCAGGACUCCGACAUCUUUGUCCCGUACGGGCAGCUCGUGCCUCGGGGCUCAGCCACCGUGGCCAUCCCGGAGAAAACCGGGCUGGCGGCCUGGGUGGUGAGCAACUACCACCACAGCCAGGAGAGGGCCCGGGUGCACCGCCGCCUGGCCAGGCACAUCCGGGUGGACGUCUUCGGGAAGGCGAGCGGGAAGCCGCUCUGCCCGGCCUGCCUGCUGCCCACCAUCGCCAAGUACAAGUUCUACCUCGCCUUCGAGAACAGCCUCGCCAAGGAUUACAUCACGGAGAAGCUCUGGAGGAACUCGCUCCUGGCCGGCACGGUGCCGGUGGUCCUGGGCCCGCCCAGAGCCAACUACGAGCGGUUCCUGCCCGCAGGGGCCUUUAUCCACGUGGACGAUUUUGGCUCUGCCGAGCAGCUCGGCCGCUUCCUGGCCACCAUGAACGAGAGCAGCUACAGGCGCUUCUUCGAGUGGAGGCGCAGCCACGCGGUCAAGCUGUACGACGACUGGCGGGAGCGGUUCUGCCUCGUGUGCCGCCAGUACCCCAGCCUGCCCCAGGAGAAGGUCUACCCCAGCCCGGAGAGCUGGUUCCGGAAUUAGCCGCCGGCCAGCCCGAAGCAUCCCCGCUGGGCAGGGGGCCCCUCGUGGUCAACCGUGGGGUCCGGUUCAGAGGCGGCACUGGCAGCACCAUCGCCCCAUGGCUCCGGGUUCCCUUCGCGGGCAGGCCCAGCGGCUCUUCUGGGCCCUGUCCGACCUUUUCUGCACCGGCUGCCUGCCUGGCCGCCCGGGUCCCCAGCCGCGCUCUUUCCCAGGCAGAUCCCUGUGCUCAGCUCCACUCUCUGCAGCCCCCCGCCCGGACCCUGCCCUGCCUCGCCGCUCCUGGCAUAGCCCGCCGGGCUGGCCCUCCGCUCCCGCUCACAUGCAGCCGCCGUGCCCUGGCUCCACCAAGCCUCACGGUUCCUCUUUGGUUUCGGGGAGAUAC